AAACACUGUCCCUGCUAGUUUUCUAAGUUUACUGCAAUCUCUGCGCAGGGGGAGAGAGAGAGAGAGAGGGAGAGAGAGAGAGAUUACCAACAUGAGAGCAGGUAGAGAGUUUAGGGCAAGAUUCCUUCCAGCUUCAACAACUGGCUCAGUACCACGAUGUGAGUAGCCGAGGACAGUGGAAUAAAAACAACCAAAGGAACUUGGACAGCACAGAAGAAAUUAAAUAUGAUGAAGACUAAAGAAACAAGUUUUAAUGCGGACAGUACACGAGCAUCUCCCUUUUCCCGCUGCCUGCCACCACUGAGCCCUGUUACAAAACCCCACAGAACAACUCCAUUUCGUGAGGAAUUCAGACCACACCUGUCACAUUUCCGCUAUGGUCCUCCUCCUCUUGGAGACAUGGAAACUUUCCAGGGGUCCUUGGAAGGAGGGUCUCGGAAACGCAAGAGCAUGCCAACAAAAAUGCCUCCUUCUAUCACUCUUGAAGGUUCCUCAUCACCACCCCGCAGACCUGAAGACCAUCAUGAUAUAGGCUCUUCCAGUCUCCCCUUGGUGUUUCAACAGCCAGCACAACCCAAAUACAAUUCCCAGAUGAUUGACCUCUGCAACUUUGGUUUUCAGUUCUACAGAACACUGGAGCACUUUGGAGCCAAACCCAUCAAGCAAGAACCUGUAAAGCCUAACAUGGUGUGGCCCAGUAGCCCGCCAUUCAUGCAGGCUCCUUACUCUUAUUAUCCUAAAGUCCAUCCUGGCUUAAUGUUUCCUUUCAUUGUGCCCCCAAACUUUCAUUUCAGGAACCCCUUUCAAAUGAAAAGACCUCCAGAGCCACCCCUCAGGAGGGCAGAAGUAAGAGAAAAUGGUGAAAAUAAACAGAAAGUGGAAAGAGUAGAUGUCAACCUUCAGAUAGAUGACAGCUAUUAUGUUGACGUCGGGGGUGAACAGAAACGCUGGCAAUGUCCAAUGUGCGAGAAGUCCUACACGUCCAAGUACAAUCUGGUCACCCAUAUCCUGGGGCACAGUGGCAUUAAGCCACACGCUUGCACUCGCUGUGGCAAGCUUUUCAAGCAGCUGAGCCAUUUGCACACACAUAUGCUGACACACCAGGGCACUAGGCCACACAAGUGCCAAGUGUGCCAUAAGGCUUUCACUCAAACCAGUCACCUUAAGAGACACAUGAUGCAACACAGUGACAUAAAGCCUUACAACUGCAGGAUCUGUGGCAGAGGUUUUGCCUAUCCCAGUGAGCUGAAGGCUCAUGAGUCUAAGCAUGAGAGUGGCCGAGAGAACAUCUGUGUGGAGUGCGGGCUGGAUUUCCCAACCCUGGCCCAGCUGAAAAGACAUUUAACAACCCACCGUGGCCCUAUACAGUACAACUGCACCGAAUGCGAUAAGACCUUCCAGUACCCCAGCCAGCUGCAAAACCACAUGAUGAAGCACAAAGACAUUCGUCCCUACAUCUGCACUGAAUGCGGCAUGGAGUUUGUGCAGCCCCACCACCUCAAACAACACUCCCUGACGCACAAGGGCGUGAAAGAGCACAAAUGUGGAAUUUGUGGCCGGGAAUUUACUCUGCUGGCCAACAUGAAGCGACACGUCCUCAUCCACACCAAUAUCAGAGCCUAUCAAUGUCAUUUGUGCUUCAAGAGCUUUGUGCAAAAGCAGACUCUCAAGGCCCACAUGAUUGUUCACUCUGAUGUCAAACCCUUUAAGUGCAAGCUGUGUGGAAAGGAAUUUAACAGAAUGCACAAUUUAAUGGGACACAUGCACUUGCACUCAGACAGUAAGCCUUUCAAGUGCCUCUACUGUCCCAGCAAAUUCACCCUGAAGGGAAACCUAACCAGGCACAUGAAAGUCAAACACGGAGUCAUGGAAAGAGGAUUUCAUUCUCAAGGUUUUGGAAGAGGAAGAAUUGCUCUGUCCCAGACAAAUGUCUUAAGAAGUUUGGAACAGGAAGAGCCCUUUGAUCUUUCCCAGAAAAGCCAAGGGAAGGGAAUCUCAUUCCAUUCAGAUGGCGAGAGUGCCAAGGGAAGCUCGUGCCAGGAAGAAGAGGAAGACAACUGCUACGAGGCAGAGCAGUACAGCCCCAGCAUGUACCAUCAUGACAACAGCAAGCUGUACAUGCCUCAAGAUUUGUCUGGCAAACCAGAGUGUGUGAUGAAGGACUUCAGAGAGUCCUACUGCAAUGAGAAGGAGGAAAUGAUAAGUGAAGGAGGACUAGAGAAAAGCACUGGAAAUUCAGACAAGCAGGAGAGCCAGGGAGAGAGAGACCUUGUGAACAACAAAGAACACCUCAGCCUUUGUUCCUUUGAAAAGGGCAGGCUUGGCCAUUCUCUCUCUGAUUACUUGUAUUUCAAGCACAGGAACAAGAGUUUGAAAGAAUUACUGGAAAGAAAAAUGGAAAAACAAGCAAUGCUAAUAGGCAUUUAAAUGGACAACAUUUUAAAACAGCUGGAAAAUGGGAACCAGACAUCUUUUAGCAAGAACUGUAAUUUACCAGAGACUGGAAGCUGGUAGUAGUCUUUAGAGAUGAACAAGCCAAAUCAAUAAAGAUAAUUUAAGGUAAAACAUGUGUAUUCAAAGACUAAAGCAGUCCAAGGGCACCAAGAAAUGCAAUAGGUAUGGAACAAUAACAUUUUUAUACUUAUUCAUUUGAUGUAUAAGGAGACAAUGGGGUGGGUUCUGAACAUUAUUUUCCUUUAUCUGGGGUGGCAGAGACUUAUACGCAGUUUUCUAGUUAUCAAAAAAGCAACAUACUUUAGCAUUCGAUUUAUUAUCUGACUAAAUACGUAAGAGCACUUCUAACCAUAGGCUCAGAAAAAUCUGAAAAUACUAAGCAUUUCACAAUAUACGCAAGAGUACUGUUAAAUACGGCACGCAUGAAAGCGCUGUCAGUCUCAGAACUAACGCAAUCCAAAUAUUUGGUUUACUGAAAUGACUGUGUUAGUUCAACCACUUACAAUGAGAAAUAGGAAAAACGGUAAGAGGAAAUGUCUUGUGAGAUGGCAAGGUGCAACUCUGUAAGACUUUGAAAAGACUGGAAUUGGUUAUGGUCACAGAAUCUUUUCCUCUGGCACAAGGGAUGCUCAUGUUUUGUUACAUUUCUAUCAGUAUGAGAGUAUUUAACAAUUCUUCAAGUGAAAUAUGCUGGACUGUGUUCACAUUUUGUUCUACUCUCUGUUCAGAUCAAUACAUUUAAUGAGCAGCAGCAGCACAUAGCAUUUGCAAGUCUUCUUGUAAUUGCACGUAAAGCAAUGAGUCAUUUCAUUGAGAAAAUGAUAUAAUUUUGCCAUUUAUCUCUUCAGUUAGUCUUGGCUAGCAAGAAUGAUUUUGAAAUUCCAAAGUCUGAUUUUAUCUUAGAAGGGACACCAAAAAAGAGCCCUUACAAGGUGAGCAAUACCUCACAGAGAAAACUAGCCUUUAGAUUUCCUAUUAUCGGCAUCGCAUAUUUUCCUUCCCCUGACUAGUAAGGUCUGGGCCUUUCAGAAAAAUAAUUAAAGAAAAGAGAGUUCUACUAAUGCUAUUUUCCCAGCUUUUCAUCCUUUGGUUCCCAUACAAGCAUAUGUUCAUGACAUAAGUUGCUAAAAGCACACUUCAUUAAGCACAUUCCAUUAAUUACAUGAAUUAUUUGAUCAAGGUCUUGGUUCCUGCAUCUUCAAGAUAUAUGACAAACAGCCCCAAGCCAUUCUGCUGCCAUUCCGCUGCCUCAGAAGGAAAUAAAGAUUUAAAAGGUCUUUUAAAUAUUCCUAUUUCAUUUUGAUACCCCAGCUCAACAGGUUAAACUCCGUAUAUAUGUACAUCAUUUCCAAAUAUUACUACCUUCUUUAUUUACUUGACAUGAUCUUGAUUUAAAAUACCUUGUUAUCAUGUUCAAUAUAUAAUAAGUUUUUACCAAAUAUAAAGUCACAUACUUAUGGCUUGCUAAGGCUAAAGGCCUGUAGCUGCAGCUCUCUGCUAUUAUAAGAAACCUCUCACCUUACAGUAGAAAUAAUUCUCACACCUGCCAGUGAAUCAGCAUCCACAGGACAACAUUCCUCACUCAUCACAUAAAACCACAUUUGUGCAGUCUGAGAUUGCAGAAGGUGUUUCACUUUUCAGGGUUCAAACACAGAGCAUAAUAGGUAAGGAAGAUGCUGAAUGCAGAGCAGAAAAAUUGUUGACAUAAGAAGCUUAAACAUACGGGUCAUUCUUCUAAAUGUAAUUUGCUGCACAGCUGAUGUAUGUACUUUUUUACAAUAAAGAGGGUAUACCAAGCUGAAGUGCAAUGUAGGUCACUGGGACUAAAAUGAAUGGCGUCCCUCAACGUGAGGUAUAUUUCAGAGGUUCACAGACCUUAUGUUUUCAAUGAUGGACUAUUUUAUCACGUACAUAUAAUUUGUCCCUUGCUUCUACUGCAAGAUAUCUUCCGUUGGAAAAGAAGCCAUCUUUCAAGGAAGGCAGUCAAGGUGGUUAAGUAGAAGAAUCAGAAAACUUCCAAGAGUAAUGUAUUCUUCAAGAGUAACUGUAUUCUUUCUCAGAUUAGAGGGGAAAAGAUCUGGUCUGUAAAUUUGAGAGUGUUAUGGGAGAGAGAGAGAGUUUUAUCAAGACAGAGACAAAUGGUUACAUAUCAAAAACAUUCCAGACAAAAAGACAGAGCAAUCCUCUGCAACAGAGGAGAGAUUUUCAGCAGAUAUCAGGUCCCGUUUGGGAUCCAAACUACCAAGCAGAGUUUUCAGAAAUGCUCAGUAUAGUUGAAUAGUCUGCCUCCAGUUGAGAGUACUAUACAUCUGAGGUCCUGGUCCUGAGUUCUGUGGAAAAUCCAUCUGCAGUAGAUAAUAUCAUAACCACUAAGACAAUGUCUACUAAAAGUAUGCAGGAGAAUUACUGGCUCUCCAGAAUUCCCUUAUAGACCAUGUAAGGGAAAACACCAGAGGCGUCAUCAGGAAAGGAAAUCACUGCAGACAAAUCUGGUUGUCUGAACUGUUAACCAAAACACUUUCAACCACACCUUCACUGCAGCUGAUUUAUCUGCUUGUACAGUCCCACUUCUCAUUGCAGCAAAAGCAAUAGCCAGCCACCUACAGCCAGGCUGGAAUGAGUAGAUGUCCCCAGAAUGGCAAUGCUAGUUCCAGUGUAACUCCCUUUUCUUGAAUUCUUCUUAGAAAGCAGAGGAUACUCCAUUACAAUGAAGCUUGGACACUACUAGUCACAUAGUGUCACAAACCUAACUCAAACAUAACAAAGGUAAUUCAUUUUAGAGCUGUAAAGAACGCAUCUAAAAACCACCAUAAGUCACCAGUCAGAAGAACUGCAAACAAAAUUAUUAUUGAGAAAAGUAAUGAGUACCAAGUGACACAAGCAAAGGGAUUACGAGAAUGAUCAUCUCUCUACUGCAGAACAUAGUAUAGCUAGGUCCAAGAGACGUGUUAUAUAUAGGCCCUGAGGGACAAAUUAAUUGUGAAAUAACUGUCUUCAUUGUGAAGCACCUUGCUUUUCCAAUGUAAGUCAUUUUCACACUAUUUACAUUGGCACUGUUUUGGGAAGAGACAGUAACAGCCUUUGCUUUUUAAUAACUUUGAAAAUGCUUUAUAGAAAUUUGUUCUCUUAACUAAGUUAUUUCCCAUUUCUAAUUUUCAAGGAAUCAGCUUUCUUAUUUUGCUUUGAGCUGAGGCCCAGAAGUCCUACAGAGAUAUUGCCUGUGUCCUGUGUUGUAGGUAACCCUGGUAUGAUUUGAGUUUGACUACCAGGACUCAGCCACCUUCUUGUGAACCUGUGUUCUCCUGCCUGCGAGGCAGCUUCCAGUCUGUGAUGGCAAAGAUAGGUGCUAUGUGCUCAGUAACUCAAAGGAUAGAAUGUUUUAUGAUAAUAUUGUAACAGAGGUUCAUCCUGUGCUGUGUUCAAUUUGCUACGCUCUUAGAUGGUUAUUUAUCAGAAAGAUGAAGCAGUGUUGCCGUACUCCUCCUUUUAUAAUUCCUUGUUGGUCUAGAGGCUUUUCUCUGAUUUUUCUCUUCAUAAGGUGCUGCUGGACUCUGCUGUUAUGUGUGUACAGUUAAGAAGUAAUAUAAGUACUAUAUUUAUUAUUCCAAGAAGUAUUUAAUAAUAAUUAUUAACAGUUUGAAAAUAAGUUGUGUCUGCUUAGCUGAACAAGAUGUAACAGAGCUAACAUUUUGUACUCCUAACAGAUUUUGCCAAUGAUGUUGUAUAUAUUUAUUUCACACAGAACACUGGGUUCCUAUUUAAAACCCCAACUCAAAAAAUGGACCAACCUAUUUGUGAAUAUUUAGUUUCUGGCUUUCUAUCUCAGUAGUAAAAGCAGUUCUCCUGAAACUAGUACAUAUGAUGUAUUGUAUUAAUUUAAACAAAUAAACAUAUACUAGAGAUGUUCCUUACCUUCUA